AUGACACAGGACACCACGUUUCUGUAUGAUAAUCACAGGGAGGCUUUGCUGAAAGGGGGAGCUGAUGGUGACUAUCAGGAUGAUAGUUUGGAUCUGCUGCAUUACUUCACUGUUAGCUGUUACUCUGGAUAUGGAGAUGAUGAAAAGGGUUUCUUCACAGUCUAUCGGCAAGUUUUUGAAAAGAUUGCAAAAGAGGAGAUGGAAUAUAUAACCCAGGAAGAUACUGAAGAAUUUCCUAUGUUUGGAUAUUCCCAAAGUGACUAUGAUACGGUAGUCCACCCUUUCUAUGCAUAUUGGCAGAGUUUCUGUACUCAGAAAACUUUUGCCUGGAAAGAAGAAUACGACACACGACAAGCCUCAAACCGCUGGGAGAAACGAGCUAUGGAAAAAGAGAACAAGAAAACAAGAGAUAAAGCAAGGAAAGAGAGGAAUGAACUGGUCCGCCAGCUAGUAGCAUUUAUUCGUAAAAGGGAUAAAAGAGUACAGGCUCACAGAAAACUUGUAGAAGAACAAAAUGCAGAAAAAACUAGGAAAGCAGAGGAAUUUCGAAGGCAGCAGAAGCUCAAGCAAGCCAAGCUUGCUGAGGAGUAUAAAGAGCAGAGCUGGAUAACUAUGUCAGAUCUGGAGAGAGAGCUGCAAGAGAUGGAAGCACAAUAUGAAAAGGAAUUUGGAGAUGGAUCGGAUGAUGAAGGUGAAUUAGAAGAACAGAAGACAAAAUGCAUGGAAGACAAACUGGAUGAUGAGACUGAAGAAGCUGAAUUUGUUGAUGGUCUGUACUGCCCUGCUUGUGACAAGUUGUUAAAAACUGAGAAAGCCAUGAAGAAUCACGAAAAGUCAAAGAAGCAUCGAGAGAUGGUAGCAUUGUUACGACAGCAAAUGGAAGAAGAAGAAGGGAAAUUUCCUAUGUCUGUGGAUGAUGUAAAUGGAAUACAUACCAAAGAAGAGGAAGAACAAGAAGAUAUGCCUAAGCAGAAACUCUCAAAGAAGCAGAGAAAGAAACAGAAAACAAUGACGACUUAUGAGGACUCUUUCGAUAAAUGUGCUGAUGAAGAAGCUGUUGAACAAAAGAAGGUGCCCUGUGUGGACAAUGACAGUGCCCCAGCAGAGGAGCUGAUGAAUGGUGGCCAAAGAUGUGCUGUGUCAGAGGACACAAGCGCUGCAGAAGACAGCAGUCAAGUGAAUGAAAUGAAAGCUGAAGUGAAAAGCAGCAGUACUAAGCUGAAAGGAAAAAAAGCCAAGGAUGCAAAAAAAUCUGCUAAGGCAUCUUCAGAACAGCCAGCAACGAAUGAAAUUCCCAUUCUCUGUGUCACCUGCAACUGUGCAUUUCCAUCUCGAAAUAAAUUGUUUGAACACUUAAAAGCCACGGGACAUGCAAAAGCAACACAAGUACCAGCUGUAAAUGGAGCUGUAGAUGCCAGAAACAAAAAAGAGAAACGUAAAAACAGAUAGAAAAUUUGUCUUCAGAUUCACGAAUGAAAACUUUCCCAAAAUUGGAAGGUGCAGAUUGCCUGUGUUUGGAGUUAAAGAGAAAAGGCAAGUCCAAACUUGGAAGAAAAGGAGGAUGCAACAUGACAUGCAUAACAUGCAAGAAUGUUAUCUUCUGGAGGAACCUGUGCUUUCUUUUGGUUAUAUCAGCCUUUAUUUAAUGACUGGAUUUGACCUACCACCCUAGCAGCAUCCAAGCUGGGGGUGGUUUUCACACUGGGGAUGGGGAAAUAGUAUUUCAAAGCUAUUCCCUUUGCAUUUUUGGUGAAACUUGCACGAAUAAAGUACUCAUACAUAGCAAAUAAUAAAUUAUUUUAACAUUC